CCGCUGUGUUACGUCCAGAGCAGCGCCGCCGGAGCUUCCUCAAACCUGGAGCGUCUGCAACACUUUGCAAGGACACCGAAGAGGGGGGCACGUCAGAGCUCCGACUUCCUCCCGACGCCGUCCGUGAUUGGCUCCUGGGGUUAUAAGAAACACGUGAAUGAACAGCUGCCGUUGGCAGAAACUUGCUGGAGGUCUCUAGGUGGUAUCGCCCUCUCCUCCUUGUCAACCCACUGGCGAGCGGAGCCGGGGGAGGAUGAAGUCGUCCUGUGUCCUGCUCACCGCCCUGGUGGCCCUGGCCGCCUAUUACGUCUACAUCCCGCUGCCCAGCUCCGUGUCGGAUCCCUGGAAGCUGAUGCUGCUGGACGCGACUUUCCGGGGCGCACAGCAAGUGAGUCACCUUAUACACUCCCUGGGACUGAGCCAUCACUUGAUUGCACUGAAUUUUAUCAUCGUUUCUUUCGGAAAGAAAAGUGCAUGGUCGUCUGCCCAAGUGAAUGUGACCGACACUGACUUUGAUGGGGUGGAAGUCAGAGUGUUUGAAGCCUCUCCAAAGCCACAGGAGCUGCUGAGACGCAGUGUUGUUUAUAUCCACGGAGGAGGCUGGGCCUUGGCCAGUGCAAAAAUCAAGUAUUAUGAUGAGCUGUGCACAGUGAUGGCUGAGGAACUGAAUGCUGUCAUUGUCUCCAUUGAGCUCUCAGGAGGAGGUAGUGGCAUCGUGGCUUUGCUUCAAUUUGCUCAAGAUGCCAACCUAAGAAAUAAGCUCAAACUGCAAGCUUUAAUCUACCCGGUCCUCCAAGCUUUAGAUUUUAACACACCCUCUUAUCAGCAAAACGUGAACACGCCCAUCCUGCCCCGCUAUGUCAUGGUGAAGUACUGGCUGGACUACUUCAAAGGCAACCACGACUUUGUGCAGGCCAUGAUAGUGAACAAUCACACUUCGCUUGACGCGGAAGAGGCUGUUGCCCCCCGGGCCCGUCUUGACUGGACGUCCCUCUUGCCUGCAUCCAUCACAAAGAACUACCAGCCUGUCAUGCAGACCAAGGGCAAUGCCAGGAUCGUCCAGGAGAUCCCCCAGUUGCUGGAUGCCCGCUCUUCCCCACUCAUCGCAGACCAGGAAGUGCUUCUGCACCUGCCGAAGACCUACAUUCUGACCUGUGAGCACGACGUCCUGAGAGACGACGGGGUCAUGUACGCCAAGCGUUUGGAGAGCGCAGGCGUGGAGGUGACCCUCGACCACUUUGAGGAUGGCUUCCACGGGUGCAUGAUUUUCACGAGCUGGCCCACCAACUUCUCGGUGGGAAUCCGGACUAGGGAUAGUUACAUCAAGUGGCUGGAUCAAAACCUGUAAAGGAGUCAAACUUCUGGAAGACCCAAGCCCCUCCUGACCUCCUGCACCUGCUUUGGAAAGACAUGGACUUUUUAGUCACCUAACCCCACCCCCUCCUUGAUACAUGUGAGUUUUAGAAUCUUGAGUCCCUGCAGACUCUACGAUAAUCUAAUUUUUAAAAAUGAGUCUGACUAACCUAAGUACAAAAACAUCUGAGUUUGGUGCCCCAAAGUGGACCUUUCUCUCUGUUCUCUAUUUUAGUCAACUACGUUAAUAUCCACAGCUGCAGAGAGUGGGACCAGGAGCCACAAACUGCCUUGGAUCCUGCCCUUCUCAAGAUGUCCUUUUCAAAAAUUUAUCAGCUGUGGAUUAUAAUAUGACUUUUGAUGAGUUAAGAAAAUGUAAGCUCCUCUUCAACUCGCUAGAGUUUACUUUGGCUUCAGAGCAGUGUU